AUGAGAAAUGUACUACCUGACCUCGCCCCCAUUCAUGCACUCAAAUUGCGCACCAAUGUCUUUGACUCUGCUGUGGAGAAACGUUUAAUACACCUCGCCAUGCCCACCGGCUUCACCGGUGCGCCAGAGGCGGUGGGGGAGGUCUGGAAAGCCGACUGGUACAUCCCGCACUGCUACAAGAUUCCCGCAUUGGCGCAACUCAACCACCUUCUGGCGCAAAUCCCCCGCGCGCCCACGCGGAACGACGUCUGGCAGGCGGGGGCCGCCCCCGCGGACCUCCGCCGCUUUCAUCGCGACCUGGGGGAGGUCGUAUCUGAGGCAGAGCUGGCCCAGAAGCAGCUGGGAAUCUUCCUCCAAGCCGUGCAGACGACCGCGACGGGGCUCCAAAAGGAGAUCGGGAAGCGUUUGUCGGCGGAGAAUCCAUCCGUCUUUCGUAAAUGGAUUCAGAAGCUUCCCGGAUUCGACGACCCGCUGCUUGCGGGGGGAGCAGGCGGGGGGGUGGGGCAUGGCGGUUCGCACAGCAGGAGCAACAGCAUUACUAGUAGCGGGGGCGCCGGGAGCGGCGGGAGCGGCAAUGCGGCCGGGGGGAAGCUGACGGACGGCAGCAAUGGGUCGUCGCCGGCGAAUAAAGUUAGCAGCGAGUCGCCAGGGGCCGAUAGCGCGCCGUCGCUGCAGCCGUCGAAAGCCGCCCUUGCGAACCGCAUGCGGUCGAAAUCUAUGAACGUGACGUCAUCAGGGUCGCUGUUUCGGUCGCCGGACGACAGCGGCGUCGCCAAGCCUCUAGGCUCGGAAGUCUCACCCAUCUUCGCCUCGACAGGUCUGGCCACCCCUGGUAGUAAUGGCUCUGGCGCAGGUUCGGGCGCGGGCGGCUCGGCGACGCGGAAAAUGUUCACCCGCGCAUUUUCCGUGCGCGAGCGGCCGUCUGCCGCGUCGGGGGUGGACAGCGCUGGGGGAGGCGGGAACAGCAUCGGAAACGGCGGCGGAGGCGGAGGGGGUUUCCUAGACGCGUGCGGGUUCAGCCCUGUGUUAAUGCGCGCAAGGAAUGCGGGGAGAGUAGGGCCCCUGGGGGAACACGAGGGGGAGGGGCCGGCUGACACGCCCGUGAUGGGGCCCGGCGCGGGGAACGGGGGAAAUGCGGGAAAUGGCGGAGUGCGCGGAGGAGGAAACGGGGGAAACGGAGGACGCGACGCAAGCAAUGGAGGGGUAAAGGGGGGCGGAGCGUCAGCAAGUGGAAUUGGAGGCGACAAUGCGGCGUUCCCUGCGAUCACCGAGAAUCAGCAGCAGCACGCGCCGCAGGGGCCGCUCCCAGCAUCUGCAGAACGCCACUCCGGUCCGCUGCUGCAAGGCACGGUCGAAUCUCCAGAUUCGCACGCUGACGUGGCUCUGAAAGCACCGGGACGUCCUGCCAGGAUGAGUCACAGGAAGUUCGAGCAUCCGCGCCAUGGUUCUCUCGGCUUCUUGCCCCGGAAGCGGUGCAAGCGCUCACGCGGGAAAGUGAAGGCGUUCCCCAAGGAUGACCCCACCAAGGCUCCCCACCUGACGGCGUUCCUGGGCUACAAGGCGGGCAUGACGCACAUCGUCCGCGAGGUCGAGAAGCCCGGAUCCAGGCUGCACAAGAAGGAGGCUGCGGAGGCCGUCACGAUCGUCGAGACCCCCCCCAUGAUCGUCUGCGGUCUCGUCGCGUACGUCAAGACCGCGCACGGCCCGCGCACGCUGACGCACGUGUACGCCGGGCAUCUGAGCGACAACGUCCGGCGGCGGUGGUACAAGAACUGGCACAAGUCGAAGAAGAAGGCGUUCACCAAGUACGCUAAGAAGUUCAGCACGGAUGAGGGCAAGAAGGAGAUCGAGGAGGAGCUCGAGCGCAUGAAGAAGCACGCGUCGAUCAUCCGCGUUAUGGCGCACACCGAGGUGCACAAGCUCAAGGGAAUUAAGCAGAAGAAGUCGCAUCUGAUGGAGAUCCAGAUCAACGGCGGUACGAUCGAGGAGAAGGUCGACUGGGGAUACAAGCUGUUCGAGAAGGCCGUGCCGGUCGAUGCCGUGUUCCGCAAGGACGAGAUGAUUGAUGUGAUCGCCAUCACCAAGGGUCACGGUAACGAGGGUGUGGUGCACCGUUGGGGUGUUACCCGCCUGCCUCGCAAGACCCAUCGCGGUCUUCGCAAGGUCGCUUGUAUCGGCGCGUGGCAUCCGGCUCGCGUGCCGUACACCGUGGCGCGCGCCGGUCAGAACGGCUACCAUCACCGCACGGAGCUGAACAAGAAGAUUUACAAGAUCGGCAAGAAGGGCGACGAGAGCCACAAGGCCAGCACGGAGUACGACCGCACCGACAAGGAAAUCACCCCCAUGGGAGGCUUCGCGCAGUACGGUAUCGUGAACGAGGACUACAUCAUGAUCAAGGGGUGCUGCCCUGGCGUGCGCAAGCGCGUGCUGACGCUGCGUCGGUCGCUGCUGAAGCAGACGUCGCGCAACGCGCUGGAGGAGGUGAAGCUCAAGUUCAUCGACACCUCCUCCAAGUUCGGCCACGGUCGCUUCCAGACGUCCGACGAGAAGGCCAAGUUUUACGGCCGCACCAAGGCGUAG